AUGAGAGAGAUGCGUCGGGGACCUGGACAGCCUGCUUUUCCACACGCCUUCGGUUCCAUACGGCCCGGUGCAAUGCAAUCCGCCAAUACACCCAGCCUCGCGGUGAAUCGGACCAGGCAUCAUAUAAUAAGGAGCCUCCUCCCCGCAGCAGUGUCGUUGGACAAAGGCGCAACCGCGACGGAUAUCUUGAAGAGCCUCGAGCGGCGACAGUGCUGCACCACCACCAGAUCUCCCUGUGCCAUGGACGAAUCAUUUGGUCCGCGGCUCUUUGGCCAUUUCGACUUCACGCUGCUCUUUGAGCACAGCAUCCUCGAGCUUGCUCCCGCCUGCUUCCUCCUUUUUGUUGUUCCCUUUUACAUGUACGCAGUCUCAAAGGGCACGCCUCGCGCGAGGUUCGGCCUCCUGCUCUGGGCAAAACUGGCACUCGCCGCUGCCCUCAUCGGGCUGCAGAUCGCGAAUGCCGUCUUGUGGUGGAGCUCGCCCCUCAACUCGGCGCUCGCAAGGGCUGCCGGUAUCAUGUCCUGCGUCUCGGCUGUGUGCAUUCUUCUUCUCCUCUUCGCUGGCCACGUGUACUUUGUGCAUUCGCCUGGAUUCUUGAGCCUGUUUCUCAGCGUCACCAUGCUCUUCGACGUUGCUAUUACGCGCACCUACUUCAAUCGGCACGGUCUCGCGACUCUUGGCAAGGUGCAUGCCCCGAUUCCAGUCGUCAAAGUAGCCCUCGUGGUUCUAGAGGAGGUUUCGAAGCGUUCGCUCAUCCGAGCCGAGACUCUUCGCGCAUCACUGGGCCACGAAACGCUGGCCGGGUUCUGGAAUAGAUCGACGUUUUUCUGGGUGAAUGCGACCUUGCUCAUAGGGUUUCGCUCAGACAUUACGCAAGAUUCCCUCGGCAAUCUGGAUCCGCAGUUUGACUCUGACAAACUUCAGACUGACUUCCGUCGCAUCUGGGACACUGGCGAUAGGCCCAAGUCGAAACAUGCGCUCCUCCUCGCCUGCCUCUACACAGUUCCCUGGUUGUUCAUUCUAAUUAUCCCGCCCAGGUUGUUUUUUAUCGGCUUCUCCUAUGCACAACCAUUCUUGCUGCAGGAGGUGGUCAAGUUUGUAUCGGAACAGGCUCCAGACCCGGCUGUCGCCGACGGACUAAUUGGUGCCGCUGCGCUCAUCUUCUUCGGCAAAGCGAUUUCCAGAGGAUGGUAUAGUCACUACAAGAACCAAAUCAUGACAAGUGUCCGUGGUAUUCUCAUUGGUGCCAUUUACCGCAAGACCCUGAGAUUGGGCGCCGACGACCUGGCCAACGGAGCGGCAGUCACACUCAUGAGUACGGAUGUGAACGGUGUUGAGAGACUAAUUACGCUAUCUUAUGAAAGCUGGGCCCGUCUUCUCGAGAUAGGAAGUGGCAUUGGUAUUCUCGGCAAGUUUAUCGGCCCUUCCUGCGUUUUUACUUUGAUUCCCGCUAUUGCCAGAGUCAUUUCGCGCACAAGGAAAAACUGGAACGAACAUAUCGAGGUCCGCGUGGCCGCCACCUCGAACGUUUUGGCGCAGAUGACAGAUGUGAAGAUGAUGGGCCUGGCACCUGCAUUGGCAAAACAUCUUCAGAAGAUGCAAGACAAAGAGGUAACAGCCUCACUUCGCGAUAGAACUGCUCUCUCCGGAGUGUUCGCUCUGUCAGCUUUCGUCGAAACAGUCACGCCGGCGGUGGUCGUUGCAGCAACAAUUUUCUGGACGCGGGCCGACGACAGCUUGAGUGUUGAACUCUUCUUCACCAUUCUUGCAGUCGUCACUAUGGUGACAAAUCCCUUGGCAGCGGUCCUCGGCUCCAUUUCCUUUUGGUCCACCGGAUUUGCGUCUAUAUCACGAAUUCAGCAGUAUUUGUUGAAAGAAGAACCCAAGGACAUACGCCAGUUUGAGCCCGAGCAGCCUCCAAGCUCGAGCUCUAGCCAGGAAAGCGUUCAGUCGACCGGAACCAGUACUCAACGUUCUGUUUCCGUCCGCGACCGGCGGGGAUGCCGGACUUCUCGUCUUGCCGUUGACAUGAGCGAUGUCUCGGUGACCCUGGAUACAUCUGCACCCAUACUGCGCGAGGUAUCGGUCAAGAUACCACGAAGAAGCAAGACAAUGAUCUUUGGUCGCGUUGGAUCUGGCAAGUCAACGAUGCUGAAAGUGAUACUCGGCGAAAUUCAGCCUCGACGUGGAACCAUUAAGCUUGGGAGUCGCUCCGUAUCCUACUGCAGCCAGGUGCCUUGGAUUCUGAACGACACCAUCCAGAACAACAUUGUCGGCACAAACGUGUACAAUUCCAACCUUCUCAGAAGAGUCAUUUGGAUCUGCGCGCUGGAUACCGACUUGAAUAACUUGUCGGAUGGAAUUUUGACCAGUUGUGGUAGCGAUGGCCGAAACUUGAGCGGCGGCCAGAAACAGCGCAUCGCUUUGGCUCGCGCAAUCUAUGAUCAGGCAGACAUUCUGCUUCUAGAUGACGUUUUCAGCUCCCUGGAUAUGGAGACAUCCUCCACCAUUCGAAUCAGGCUUUUCUCUCAGACGGCAGUGCUGAACUCGACCACAACAAUCAUGACGACCAACGCGACUGAGCACCUUGUGGACGCAACUCUUGCUUUGGGUAUUACAAAUACAGGUCAUGUGGAAGAGAUUACGAAUUCCGGCAGGGAAUUCAGCCCGUCUUGCAUCCCCGCGAGCGUGCUGGCGGAACGCGAUAAUCUCAUCCCGCCUCCCAUGGACGAGAAGAAGGAAGCUCCCGCUGUCGUUGCCAGCGACGCGCCACCUAGUACAUUGCCCCAACGCAAGCACGGUGACUUUUCGCUGUAUUCGUACUAUCUCGGUCCUGCAGGGUGGAAGUUUCUGACCAUUUGGCUCGUCCUGAUUGUGAUUGCUGCCGUGGCGGAAAAGAUGCCGCACAUCUUUGCACGACUGUGGUUCGACAGAGCUCCAAACAGUCGAUCCUACUUUAUUGGCUUUGCGAUAUUAUGUGUUGCAAACCCGACACUGAACAUGAUGGCAACCUCUGCGUUUUUUUACUUGGUCAAUCCGAGCGCGUCAAAGUCUUUGCACUGGAAGUUGGCCGACACGACAUCAAGGGCGACGCUGGACUUUUUGUCGCAGGAAGAUGCCGGUGCGCUGCUGAAUCGGUUCAGCCAGGACAUGUCUCUGAUCUCUCAACGACUACCGCUUGCGAUUCUGCCAGCCAGUUGGAUGGGUCUUACUGUUCUUAUGGACAUUGCAAUCAUCGCGUCUGGUGCUAGCUUUGCGGCGCCGAUGCUGCCCAUGUUUGUCUUGCUUGUGGCGGCUGUACAGCAUUUUUACCUCCGGACGUCGCGACAGCUACGAAUCCUGGAGCUGGAUACGUCAAAGAAGCUCUAUACGCACUUUACAGAAUCAGCAGCUGGGGCUGCCCAUAUUCGCGCCUCCCGUUGUCAGCUUGCUUUCACACAAGAGCUUUACACCGUCCUGAAUGAGACACAGAAGCCGUUCUACGCCAUGUUUUGUGUACAGCAAUGGCUCAUUUUGACGCUCGAUGUGGCCACUACUGUGGCAGCCGUAUCUGUUGUUGCGUUGGCUGUCAAGUACACUUCGCAUACUUCGGAUACCGCCAUGGGCCUGGCUUUUUUGAGUCUCAUUACUUUCAGCGAGACCACGAGCACGUUCAUCCAGCAUUGGGUGGAAACGGAGACGUGCCUAGGAGGAGUGGCUCGCGUGCGAGACUUUGCCGAGAAGACGCCUGUGGAAGAGGUGUGCAAACCGGGUCCAGAUGUGCCUGAGGAUUGGCCGCGCUAUGGCAAGAUAGACUUCAAUUGCGUCGAAGCGACUUAUCAAGCAAAUGGCGCGAAUCCCCAUACUGCCCUUCGCAACGCCACACUCGAAGUGAGGCCAGGAGAGAAAUUUGUCAUGACAGGUCGCACGGGAAGCGGCAAAACAACAGUGUUGCUAGCGCUUCUGAAUCUGAUUCAGUACUCGGGUAGCAUCAGCAUCGACGACCGGGAGCUCGGCAUCACACCGCGAGAUGUACUACGAUCGCGCAUCACCACGAUUCCUCAAUCAGCGGUGCAGUUCAGGGGCACGAUACGAUACAAUCUCAACCCCUUUGACCCGUCGACAUUCUCGAAAGGCUUCGAAGUAACUGACGAGCUGCUCAUUGGCAUCCUUGACAAGGUUGGGCUGUGGAACCUGAUUGAAGCGCGGGGCGGCUUGGAUGCCGAGAUGGGCAGGAUGGAGCUGUCAGAAGGCCAGAAGCAGCUCAUGCAGCUUGCGCGGGCCGUACUGCACCACCAGAGCGUAGGCUCGAGGAUCGUCGUGGUGGAUGAAGGCUCGUCCAGCAUGGACGAGCUGACCGAGGCUAGAAUGCAAGAGGUCAUGUCGGAUGUAUUUGGCAGGUGCACCAUGGUGGUGGUUUCGCACCGACCGGCCACGGCCACGACAGCAGAUUACGUUGGGCGGGUGGCGGACGGGGAGCUGAUCGUCUUUCGGCCCGUCCAUCGAUGCGCGCGGCAGUAA